CGGGGAAGGCGGCCGGCGGCGGAGGAGGACGACGAAGGCGGCAGUGGCGGCGGCGAAAGAAGAGGGGAGGACGGGGGCGGCGUCGGACUGGAGCCGAGCGGCGGCGCGAGCUGCCCGGGGCGCUGUCGUGAGCUCGCCCGCCGGGCCCCCAUCCCCGAGCUACACCCUGCCGUGCCCAGCUCUGCCCGCGUCCGUGCCCCCGCGGGGAGCGCGCCGGGGCUGCCCCCCGAAUGACGGGCGGAAGGUUCGACUUCGACGAUGGCGGCACCUACUGCGGCGGCUGGGAGGAGGGCAAGGCGCACGGGCAUGGCAUCUGCACGGGGCCCAAGGGCCAGGGCGAGUACUCCGGCUCCUGGUCGCACGGCUUCGAGGUGGCUGGAGGCUACACCUGGCCCAGCGGCAACACCUACCAGGGCUACUGGGCGCAGGGCAAGCGGCACGGGCUGGGGGUGGAGACGAAGGGCAAGUGGAUGUACCGGGGGGAGUGGUCACAUGGUUUCAAGGGGCGCUACGGGGUCCGGCAGAGCCUGUGCACCCCCGCUCGCUACGAGGGUACCUGGAGUAACGGGCUGCAGGACGGGUACGGCGUGGAGACCUACGGGGACGGAGGUACCUACCAGGGCCAGUGGGCCGGCGGCAUGCGGCAUGGCUACGGCGUGCGCCAGAGCGUGCCCUACGGCAUGGCCACGGUGAUCCGCUCGCCGCUGCGCACCUCUAUGGCCUCGCUGCGCAGCGAGCAGAGCAACGGCAGCGUGCUCCACGAUGCCGCGGCCGCUGCGGACAGUCCCGCCGGCACCCGCGGCGGCUUCGUGCUCAACUUCCAUGCCGACGCAGAACUCGCGGGCAAGAAGAAGGGCGGCCUCUUCCGAAGGGGCUCCCUUCUCGGAAGCAUGAAACUUCGCAAGUCCGAAUCCAAGUCUUCCAUCUCCAGUAAGCGCAGCUCAGUCCGCAGCGACGCGGCCAUGAGUAGAAUCAGUUCUAGCGAUGCCAACUCCACAAUCAGCUUCGGUGACGUAGAUUGUGAUUUUUGCCCGGUGGAAGACCACGUCGACGCCACCACCACGGAAACCUACAUGGGCGAGUGGAAGAACGACAAGCGCAAUGGUUUCGGCAUUAGCGAGCGCUCCAACGGCAUGAAGUAUGAAGGCGAGUGGGCAAAUAACAAGAGGCACGGGUAUGGCUGCACCGUGUUUCCUGACGGCUCCAAAGAAGAGGGAAAAUACAAAAAUAAUAUUCUGGUCCGUGGAAUAAGGAAGCAGCUCAUACCAAUAAGAAAUACAAAAACUAGGGAGAAGGUGGACAGAGCAAUUGAAGGCGCGCAAAGGGCAGCUGCCAUGGCAAGAACAAAAGUGGAAAUAGCAAAUUCAAGGACUGCACACGCAAGAGCGAAAGCUGACGCCGCCGACCAGGCUGCCCAGGCGGCCCGCCAGGAGUGUGACAUCGCAAGAGCUGUGGCCAGGGAGCUGUCGCCUGACUUCUACCAACCAGGCCCAGAUUAUAUCAAACAGAGAUUUCAGGAAGGUGUAGAUGCUAAAGAAAAUCCAGAAGAAAAAGUACCGGAAAAGCCACCUACACCAAAGGAAUCUCCUCAUUUUUAUCGCAAAGGCACGACACCCCCCCGGUCUCCAGAAGAAAUUCCCAAACAAAGCCACUCUCCCCAACCCUCCUCCCCAAAACCCACGAAGAAGCAGAACCCCAGCUCAGGGGCAAGACUCAACCAAGACAAACGGAGUGUGGCUGAUGAGCAUGUGACAGCCAUCGUCAAUAAGCCUUUGAUGUCAAAGGCUCCCACGAAGGAGGUGGGAGCCAUGGUGCCCACGUCCAAGUACUCUGGCCGCCACCACAUCCCCAACCCCAGUAACGGGGAACUGCAUUCUCAGUACCACGGCUACUAUGUGAAACUGAAUGCCCCCCAGCACCCCCCAGAAGACAUGGAGGAAGAGGACGGAUCAAGCCAGUCUUCCUCCGCGCUGGUACACAAGCCAUCACCCAACAAAUGGAGUCCCCCUAAAUCUGUGACAAAACCAGUUGCCAAAGAAAGCAAAGCUGAGCCAAAAGCUAAGAAGUCUGAACUUGCUAUACCAAAGAAUCCAGCAAGCAACGAUUCAUGCCCUUCUUUGGAAAAAGAAGCCAAUUCAGGCCCUAAUUCAGUCAUGAUUGUCCUUGUCAUGCUGUUGAAUAUCGGGUUGGCCAUUCUUUUUGUUCACUUUCUAACUUGAUUGGAAUUAGGAAAGGUAAGAAUAGCCUUCAUUUCUAUAUAAAAUCACCAUAUAUAACAUUCUUUUCCCAUAUUUGAAUUUACAUUUUUGUUAACAACUGCAUAUUGUCCUUCACUUUAAUUUUGGCUGUGCCUGAAUGUGAUUCAACAUAGUUUCUUAAUGAUAUAGCUGUUUUGACCCUUCAGUGAAGUCAUGACAACUAGCGGUGUUAGCCCACAGUUCUCUGCCGUGGCAUCAUCAGCCCUUUAAAUGGCACACCCCAGUCAGACUCAGACUCAGGGAAGGAGGCUUGGAAUUAGGAUGGGAUCGCGAAAGAGAUGAAACUUGGAAAAUUCAGCCAGAGGACCUGUUCGGUUCCCCUGGGAAUGCUUUGUGGCUUUGGGGUCCUCUGGGAGCUGAAGCAAGCAGCCAUGUCGGAGAGCAAAACUUAAUAAUCAUUCUUUUUUAAAAUAUGCUGAAGCAGCCCCAUCCGGCGAAGUUCUUGGCAUUGGCUACUCCAUCUGUCCUAGCAGAGUGUGACUAAACUGGAAAUGUAUGGAGCUGCUUUUUUUUUUUUUCUGAUGGAAGUCAACAGCUGCCUUACUAUUUUACCAUCUGACGUUUUUAGUAGGGAGCUGGGGAAACAAACGACUGCCCGAGGAAUGCGGUCGGAGGAUUGUGUUGCUGUGGCCAUGGUUCCAACAUUCACUCCUAUCUCAUUAGAAGAAAUAGGUAGCAGCAUCACUCACCAGUCUUAUGCCAUGACCUGCUGCUUUAACAUCUCCUGGAAUGUUCUGGGAGAGAACGUUUCGUUUGCUUGUGCACGACUAUGUUCAUUUUUGCUGUUUAUUGAAGUAGAAUGUGUAGUCCUCUACAACGUGUGGUCCUGGCUGGAGGAAACACACUUGUUGCAUCUCAAAGAAAAGAAACAACUAAAUUCUAGAGAAGAUGUGUUCGUUGCGAUAGCAAUACAUCAUUUUUUUUCAUGCCAUUUAGUCUUCCUAAACCUGUAACAGGCUGUUUAAAAUUUAGCAGUGUGAAGGCAUUAUACCUUCCUAAGAAAUAAUUUUAAAUAUUUUUAAACAUUACUGAGACGAUUUAUGCACUUAGGAGGUGCUAAAUUUUAAAAGCUGAAAGACAACAGAAUUCUAAGAAGUGUAGUCAAAAUGUUGCAUGGAUUGCAGUAAUCGGUGUUUAAAGGAUUCAGUUUCAUUGCUGACGUACUUUACAACCAAAUAAAAUCUUGUUAGUGACUAUGUUAAUUCCCAUGAAAGUUAAGCAAGAUGCUAUUAAUAACUGCUCUGAUUUUUUUUUUGUCCAACGUAAAUUUUUGUUGAAUACAUUCAGGUAGAGCACAAAGCUUUGUUAAACCUCUGCUUCUCAAUUUUAUGCCUUCCGUGCUUUUCAAAGUCCUUUCGUAAUUUUAUUUCACAUUUUAAAGGCUUAGACAUUUUUAUUUAAAUAUUUGUCUUUUGCAGUCCUUUGUUACUCUGACAUAAUCUGAUUUUUUUUUUUUGCUGUUUUAUAAUUCAUCCUUUAUUACUCAGAAGCAUGCUUAUUAGAGACACUACGUGGUCUCUAUAAUUAUUUAAAAAGAAAUCAGGGGAGGAAAGGUAUCUUAAAUCUCUCUAAGACAUUACAUUGUGGAGAAGGAGCUAGCUAUUCCUAAAUAUGUCACGAUCUGCAUGGUUUAAUCAGAUUCUUUUUACCUUAUUUGCUACCUUUUCAAUGCAGAAGAGACUGCUCACAUGUUAGCACAGGUGUGGACUGAAUGCUUUGUCACCUGCAGGGGAGUAACCCAGUGAUGUUUUUUGCAGAAGUGCAAUAUGUUGAGAAUCCUGGGUGUGACCAAUAUGGAAUAAAGAAGAAAGCAGAAAGAGAGCAAAUGAAAAUUACAACUUGUAUAUUUAUUUAUUUUUUACAUUUUGCUUUGACUUUUAAAUUUAGGAAGUACGUUUUUAGCCAAGAAACGUUUAAGCUCCUGUGUCAGUCUCCGUACUCUCACUGCGCCUUCCUUACCCCGUAGCUCUUGAUGCUGGGAAAGCGGAUUUUUUUUUAAAAAAAUAAAAUAUUUAAUCUUAUUAAGUGUUUAUUUAAAACGUGUAAUGCUUUGGAAAUAAUGGGUAACAGAUAACUAAAGGAUAUGUUUAUAAAGUGAGCAUGUUGGUUCCAUUUAUAAAUAUAUGUACGAUUUAUAAGCUUUUUUAAAAACAAAGCUCAAAUUGUUGGUAUUUUUCUAAAAUGUGCACAGCUGUAUUUUACAUGAAAGGCUCUUUCUAAUGGGUUGUUAUACUGUGCUCUACAUUUUGGACAGCACAUGAAGUCUGCCAAUGUACUUAAUAAAACAUGACCUUGUUUAUUUAAAGUUUCUUGCUGUGAAAAAGAACUCCCUACCUGUGAGUUCCUUUAUUUAUAAUCCUCGAAACCAAAAUGUAUAAUGUACAGUUUUCACAACUGUAUCUGCUCUAAUAAAAAAAGAAAGUUGGUUAUUAAUAAAGUUGCA